AUGAGGACCGCUACUGCCAAACUGGGUGACUUGAUUAUAGCCCAAACUAACUCCUGGGAGGAAGUUGAAGGGAAUGUCUACUUCCCUCCAUCAUCCAUCAUGGAUCAGGAAGUCUUUGUUAGGUCGAAUACAAAGACAUUUUGCCCUUGGAAAGGCGAAGCAGAGUACUAUACGAUUAAACAUGGCGACGCGACUACCCCUGAUGCAGCCUGGUAUUAUGCUGCGCCCUAUGAAAAGGCGUCACACAUUAAGGAUCACAUAGCUUUUUACAAGUCCAAGGUCAAAGUGACCGUUGAAUGA